UUUAAUAAACAUGAUAUUUUUUUUAAUAUGACUGAAAAUCAAUUUUUUUCUAAAAAUACAGUGUAUAGUGAAAUAAUAACAGUGAUAAAAAAUGCUUUGAGAUGCUGAACGGUACAGCGGACACUGGGGCUGUGUCGCUCCAAUCAUCACCAUUGAAAGUCUCGCCGUCAUCCGCAAAGGUAUCUUCUAGUCCAGUGAAAGCGUCACCGAGCCCUGUAAGGGCACCAUCAUCACCCCUGAAGUCCUCUUUAUCCCCAAGUGGGAGACAGAGGUCACCCAGAAAAUGCCAAUUUGCUGCGCCCGCUGAUGACUCAAAGGAUAAGUGCGGGACAUCAUGGCUCUGUCGUAGAGGUGCUGGAGUGGAUGGCGACGCUAGUGUGGAAGCUCUAGGGCCGAGUGCCUCCUUUCACCAGGCGUGCGAGGAGACUGCCCCACCACCAAAGAACUGCUUCCGGCUGGUUAUGUUGGGGUCAGCACGAGUCGGGAAGACGUCCCUAGUGGCCCGUUUCUUGGGGAACAAGUUCGAAGAUAGCUACACACCCACUAUCGAGGACUUUCAUCGCAAAUUGUAUAGAAUUCGAGGUGAAGUGUACCAACUGGACUUAUUGGAUACUUCGGGAAAUCACCCAUUCCCUGCGAUGCGGCGACUUUCCUUCUUGACUGGCGAUUUAUUCGUACUAGUAUUCGGUAUGGACUGUCGAGAAUCUUUCGAGGAGGUGAUACGGUUACGUGAGCAAAUCCUGGAGACCAAGGCUAGUGCGAGCAGCGGUAAUUGUCGUGGACGUCGGCAAGCUCCGAGGGUACCCAUGGCCAUCGCAGGCAACAAAUGUGACAGGGAACUCAGAACAGUGCAAGCGGAGGAAGCGACCGCCUACUGUGCAACUCAAGACUCCGCCUGCGUUUUCAUGGAAACUUCGGCGAAGAAAAACUUUCACGUUGACGACUUAUUCUAUGAACUCUUCGUAGUUGCCAACUUACCUUUAGAAAUGGCUCCUAAUCAUCAUAAACGAGUGAACGCCGCGUUCGGAAGCCCCUGUACAUUACCCCCCACCAGUAGCCAAAGUAGUAGAAGUAAGAAAUGUACUCUAUCUAUUAAAAGAAGACUGUCAGAUGCGUGCGGAGUAGUAGCCCCUAAUGUUAGACGACCCAGUAUUAGAACGGAUCUGAUGAUAAUGAGAACGAAGACGUGUGCCAAAGGUGAGGGAGAUGGUGUUGGUGGGAGCCCCAAGCUCAAUUUGAAUCGUCUAGUAAGGUCUAACGCCCAAACUGACAAAAGAUCGUGUAUUUUACAGUAAAUAAAUAUAAAAUCUAUUUGAGAUAGACCUUCUUGUGUGUUGAUAUGUAGUCUAUAUUUGUCACGUUUUAACGCAUACAAACGUUAUGAGGAAAUUUAGAUUAGUAUCUAUAUCAACGUUUCUCAACCAUUUUUAUGUCGCGAAAAGCCUAAAAGUUAAGUGAAACAGUCUUGCGACCCCGUCACUGGUAAAUUAUAAUUUAGUUUCAUAACACUACACUAUAAUUAUACAUUCCUUUAAUAAAAUAAUCUUUUGCUAUAUGUAGUUUGUAUCUAUUAUUUUUCAACAGACUGCGACCUCCUUUUAAAACAAAACCAAAACCCAAGGGUCGUGACCUCCCGCUUGAGAAACGAUAGACUCUAAACUGUUUUCAAAAUAUCUGUUGAUAUUGCUUGCUUUUGAUAUAAUACAUUUCUUCUUAAUACAAUUUUUACUUCUUUUAAGCAAAUUAUAACUAAAUGUUUAUAUAAGAAAAGGUGCUAAGAAGGAUAUAAGCUAACAAUUAAGAGUACUUAUUUAAAUUACACAAAAACUGUGCGGUAUACUAUUACAAUUACUAUAAUCACGUACUUGAACACAGCCACAUUCAAGCCACUCUAAUCAAAUAUAUAAUUACUAUAUUUUUUUGUUUUUGACACUGAUAACCCAUUUUGUGAAGGCGAAAUGCCGAGGCAAUUUUAUAAUAAUUUAAGGCAUUAAUUAUCAAUGUUUAAAAUUGUAUUAAAUUAGUAUUAUUAAAAAAAAUACUAAAUCAAAUACAAUGUAAUUGUACGAUUAUUUUUUAAUGUUUAAAGUGUUCAAGCGCUUUGAGCUGCAUGUAUAAAUAAAUCUGCAUAUAAGUGUGUGUAUGCUUACAAGACGUUGCUUGAUAGCAUUAUUAUUUUGUAUUACCCUUUUGUAUAAGGAGUUUGAAUAUUAGCUGCCUAGUUCAUCUAUAAAAGGUAUUCAAACGAAAAUAUCACUAUUUAUUUGGUAAGGGCGGCACCUCUGUUACUUCCAAUGCCAUACAGACGUUUUUGUAUGAUCUAUGUAGUUCUCUCCAUAUCCGAAACAUAUCUUACGACCGCGCGGUAUAUGUACUCAUUAUUGUACCGGGAAUAGCUGUCGGUAUUGCUAUUGGAAGUCACAGAUUAAGAACAGCCUUGCGAUUCUGUAACUCACUUUUCGGACUCACACAGCGAUUAUGCAGACUCAGAAUAAACAAUAAACUACAAGCUCCCUCUUUAUGAGAAUGUCCAAUUAUAAAACGACUGCGUCACGACUGAUUUAAGCGCGAUCGCCGCAAUGAAAACCGCUGUGUGAGUUCGAAAUGUGAGUUACAGAAUCGCAAAGCUGCUCCCAAAAUGUUAAUGUUGCAUGUUUGGCUUAUGUGAAAUAAUCAACGUGUAAAUUUAAAUGAAAAAUGUAAAUUUAAUCUAUGGUUAUAAAUUUCGGUAAUUCUAAAGUUUGUAAAUUGCAUAAGGGCAUUGGAUGGGACCAAAUUGUUCAUGCUUUUGUCGAAUCUUUGUGUCCAUAAAGUAUAAAUGGGACUUGGAAAGUUUUAAGUGUGGGAUUACAAUGUCUCAAAUUGCUUAGGGAUUAUUUCGAACGUAUGCAAAUAUAUAUAUUUUCGAUUGUAAAGUAACGGAUACUUAACUAUGUUAUUAAUAUAUUAAAGCUCAAUAAGAAAUAUUCUCUAGUAUAAGUACUUUAGCGAUUUUUUUUUCAUUAAGUGUUUUCUAUACGUGUCUAUAACCAUCAUUUAGGGGAAUGAUAAAUUUGUAUAAAAACCUAUAUUUAGCAACAUCCUUAUAAUGUUUAAUGAUUACAAGUCUACCAUGUACCUUCCAAUAGUGAUAGCGAUUCCGAUUUCAAUAUUCAGUUUUCGUUCCUCAUUUCAUGACAUCAGCGCUACGGAUAUUGAGUAUUAGGGAUAUUGGGACCUUAGAUGACGCAAUUCUGUUAGGGGAUCUCAAUGCCAGCCAUUUAUUAACGAAAUCUGGAGUGAUUAAAAUCUGUAUUGGAGUUACGGAGUCCUUGACCCCGAAUGACCCCGUUCAUUUCAUACAUUAUCUCCAAACUUUGAAUCUAUGGGUUAGGACUUAAGUUAAAAAAAUU